CUCUUCCGGUCCUCUUUCCAGCUUCCCGUGCAACAUGACCAAGAAGAGGAGGAAUAACGGUCGUGCCAAGAAGGGCCGUGGGCAUGUGCAGCCCAUCCGCUGCACCAACUGUGCCCGUUGUGUCCCCAAGGACAAGGCCAUCAAGAAGUUUGUCAUCAGGAACAUAGUGGAGGCGGCGGCCGUGAGAGACAUCUCAGAGGCCAGUGUCUUUGACUCUUAUGUUCUGCCCAAGCUCUAUGUGAAGCUGCACUACUGUGUCAGCUGUGCCAUCCACAGUAAGGUGGUGAGGAACCGCUCCUGUGAGGCCAGGAAAGACCGCACCCCACCCCCCAGAUUCAGGCCUGCAGCUGGUGCACAAAGAGCUCCUCCAAAGUCCAUGUAAAGCAGAAUUUGAAGAUGCUGUACACCUGAAGAAUAAAUUGAAAAAUCUUGACAAAAA